AGCACCGUGGGGGCCCACCAUCUAGCACCUCACCAGCAAGCUGCGCUAGCUAGUUUGGACGAGAAGCAGGCCAAAGGCUGACAGGAGCAGAGGAAGCUACGGAGCCAGGUGUCUUCAUAAAAUGCCCGUGGAGAAUCCCCUCUUUUUUCGUCCCGCUCCCAAGAUGGCGUCGAUGCGGGAAAGCGACACUGGCCUGUGGCUGCACAACAAACUAGGCUCUACAGACGAGCUGUGGGCGCCGCCGAGCAUUGCCUCGCUGCUCACGGCUUCGGUGAUCGACAACAUCCGCCUCUGUUUUCACGGCCUCUCCUCGGCCGUCAAGCUCAAGCUACUCCUGGGGAUGCUGCACCUGCCCCGCCGGGCGGUGGAUGAGAUGAAAGGGGCACUGACUGAAAUUAUCCAGCUCGCUACCUUGGAUUCAGACCCCUGGGUCUUAAUGGUAGCUGAUAUUUUAAAAUCCUUUCCAGAUACUGGCUCCCUUAACCUUGAUCUUGAAGAACAGAAUCCCAAUGUUCAAGAUAUUUUAGGAGAGCUUAGAGAAAAAGUAAGUGAAUGUGAAACUUCAGCUAUGUUGCCGUUGGAAUGCCAAUACUUAAACAAAAAUGCCUUGACAACACUAGCUGGGCCACUUACUCCCCCAGUGAAACACUUCCAGCUGAAAAGGAAACCUAAAAGUGCCACACUCAGAGCUGAACUCUUGCAGAAAUCAACAGAAACUGCACAACAGCUCAAGAAGACUGCAGGAGUGCCUUUCCAUGCUAAAGGCAGGGGGCUGGUCAAAAAGAUAGAUACAACAACACCACUCAAAGGAAUACCAAAACAAGCUCCGUUCAGGAGUACUUCAGCACCUAGUGUAUUUAGUCCUUCUGGAAAUAGAACUCCUAUUCCUCCUUCAAGAACACCUUUGCGCAAAGAAAGAGGAGUAAAGCUUCUAGAUAUCUCUGAGCUGGAUAUGGUAGGUGCUGGCCGUGAAGCAAAGAGAAGAAGAAAGACAUUAGAUACAGAAGUUGUGGAAAAGCAAGCCAAAGAAGAAACAGUAGUAGAAAAUGCUACCCCAGAUUAUGCUGCUGGUCUUGUGUCUACACAGAAACUUGGCUCGUUGAACAAUGAGCCAGCACUACCUUCUACAAGUUAUUUACCUGCUACCCCCAGUGUGGUGCCAUCUUCCUCGUAUAUCCCAAGCUCUGAAACACAGCCAGCUGGCUCUGCACGAGAGGCCUUGCAGACUAACAGACAGACUGAAGAGCCUGCAGCUCCAAAUGCUACCACAACUCUUCCUGCACAAUUCAAACAAAGAACACCUAUGUACAAUAGUAACUCUAAUCCACCUGCAGCUACACCUACCUCACCCCUAACACCUACCACACCUCCUGCCAUUUCCCCUGCGGCACAAGCACCACAAGUGGCCCCCCAAACUCAGCAACAGCCACCACCGAAAAAAAGCCUCUCCCUUACAAGGGAGCAAAUGUAUGCGGCACAGGAGAUGUUCAAGACUGCAAACAAAGUUACAAGGCCAGAAAAGGCUCUUAUACUUGGAUUCAUGGCAGGAUCCAGAGAGAAUCCUUGCCAAGAGCAAGGUGAUAUCAUCCAAAUUAAACUUAGUGAGCAUACAGAAGAUUUACCAAAGGCAGAUGGCACUGGCAGCACCACUAUGUUGGUUGAUACGGUCUUUGAAAUGAACUAUGCUACUGGUGAAUGGACCAGAUUCAAGAAGUACAAACCUAUAACUAAUGUCUCCUAAGAGAUGCAGCAACAGCAGACUGGACCAAAUCAAGCUUAGAGUCAACCAGCUCAUAGAGUAUGUCAACUGUACAAAAUGGCAUUCGUGUGUACAUUUCUUAUUACCCUCCAGAGUAACAGUUGUGGCUCUCCAACCUAACGGCUCAGUGAACACAGAAGAAAAUGGUGUCAAAUUCACGGUUUUUUUUGUUUGUUUGUUUGGGUUUGUUUGGUGGGUUUUUGUAUUAUUAUUUUUUUUAAUCUUGGAAGAGGUAAUGGUGAUCUUAGGAGGGGGAAUUUUUGGUGUGUUUUUGCUUUCCUGUGGUUCAAGAUGCUGGAAAAAGAGAUCACAACUGAAAGAUUACAUAUGGGAGCAGUUUACUUCUGAGUACCGGAAAAGACGACUACUGCACGGUCAUUCACGGUUUACCAUUAAUGAGGGCACAGAUCUUUAUUGUGAAAAUAACUUCCUUGGCUACAUGGGUUCUAUUGUAAGAAUGGACAUUUAAAGUACUACCAGUCAGUGCUUGAUUUAGUUUGUAAUUCAGCUGCAGUAAAACUAAAUAUUGCAGGUCGUAGAUGUCCAGUGACUGAUGGUACCCACUGUAUGUUUAGCUUAUUUAGGCUUGGGUCCUAGGAUGGGAUUGAGCAGCUUUGUUAACUUGCUAUGUUGCCAAUGUCCGUGCCCAGCAUGAGAAACCAAUAUUGUAGUUUUCUGAAGAAAAAAAACCAUCAAAAUUAAGAAAAAAGAAGUAGUGGUGGCUUCUCACUGCCUGGAAGUGAUAGCUCUUUGCCAUGUAAGUCUUAGGGUAGAAGCUGAUCUAUGGCCCUUGCAUAGCAAGGCCUUUGAACACCAUAACUUACCUGGGAGGAAGUGAUACUGUUACAUCUCAAGACCAAUUGCAGCUUAAUUUAAAAACGGCCCUAGAAAUGGUUGAGUGACACAAAUCUGAAUAUAGAUGGUUGGGAAGAUUUGUAGUCUCGAGGCAGUGUUAAUUUAUGUUUCAUUUGGGCAGUCAUAAGGCCCUUGAUUGCAAGCCCUGGUCCAAAAAGUUUUGAAUGACUGUAGCUCUGGUUUUUACCAGUGUAGUCAUACCAGUAUAAUCACUAAUGUGGCCACAAUUAUGCUGGCAUAUAAAUGUGCCUUAUACUUGUCCCCUUCUAGUAGAAGCACAUUUCUAUCUUUAUAACUGUGUUCACACCACUGGUAUAUCUGGCUUUAAUAGUACAAGUAAAGCGUUUGAGAGGGCUUACGUACAUAGUUCAGGAUUCAUCCUUUGGAGACUUGGAUUAAAUGUCUGGUUUCUGCCAGUACUUGUACGUGGAGCUGUGCUUGGUUGGGAAUGGUGCUUAGAAGGAAGAAAUACAAAGAUGUCUAGCAAAAUGGUAGUUUGGUGCUGAGGAGGUACCUUGGGCUGACCAGAGGUUCAUGUCAAAGUGGAACUCUUAAGAUGGAAAUAAGGCGCUUUUUUUUCUGAAAGGAAAGUAGACCAAAUCCCAUAGAUACACUUACAUACUAACAAAGGUGUUUAGACGAUUGAUUAGAGUCUUUUUUUUUUAAUCUGGGGAAUUUUUAUUCCAUUUUACUUCUAGUUUUUCAAACAAAUUCUCUAACAGGACAGGGCGAGUAUAAAUAAGAAAAUCUGUAUUCUACAGUGUUUUAAGAUGUGACCAAAAGUAUAGAUUUCUUAACUUUAUUUUAGCAAAUAUACAGAAUGUUCUAGCUCCUGUGGUGGGCAAGUUAUUUGAUGGUACCUGCUACCAUUACGGAGUGUUGUGCAUGUAUUAGUGUGACAGUUAUGCAGGUAACUUUCACACUGGGGGCUCUCCUCCACAUAAUUACCCCAUUUCAGAAGCAAUGUAGAUAGUGAUUGAUUGCGAUUUUUCUUUAAACAGCUAGAAACCAGCCUGACAAGUGAGGACAAGUAGUGGGUUUUAGUUUUUAGAAUGAGUUCAGUAGAAAUGCAUUUUCAUGGUUAUAACUUAUUUGAUUAUAGUAUCUUACACAGUAAGGGCUAACAACAGAAUAUGAAAGUAUUCAUCUCUUAAAAGAAAGGUUUAAAGAAAAGUGACAUUCCUUUUCUUGUCUGCAUUCAGAUUUUUAAAGUUUUCUCGUGAUGACCAGUCUUCUGUAAACAUGUAUGAUACUUCUGUCUUAAUUGUUCCUGCUUGCUAGAUAAGCUGCAAGUACCAAAUACAGUUUUUAAGAAAAACUUUUAGAAAUUUGGCUGACUUGAGGGGCAUGUACUGUCAUUGUAAAUUGUUGAUGCAAGGCUCUUUGCAAUUCAGUAGUGAUCAGGAGCAGCUGUGUGAUAGCUCCUUUGGCUUACUUGAGAUUAACAGGGGUCCCUUGCUAAACUUCCUUAGUCUGCAGAAGUUUGCAGUUCAGACCUGUGCUUUUGGGAUGGAGACAGCUGUCCCUCUCCUCUUCAAGAAGCCCUUCUAGAAUGCAGUGGAGUCAUUUGAGUGCGGUAGUGUGUAGGAAGCUUAACCAUGCUGCUACCUAUUUGUAUUUGCUGCAUAACAAAGUUGGUCUCCAGGCCUGUUUGUCUAAAGUCAGUCGUAUGCAAUAAAUUGAAAUUUUAAAUAGAGGCAUAGUAUAUUUUUAAUUCUGUUAAGUCAUUAAGAUGAGACAAUUUAACACUGCAAAAGUAAUUUAUUUUUCAAGUGGCUUUAUGACCCUCAAUACCAGAGCAUUACUUUAACUCAAUCUGUGAAUCUAUAAAGGUUUUAAAUGCCUAAAGAAAGGGAAGUUUUUGCAAUGUUAAGAUGAUAGGGUAAGAAGUAAAACUACAUGGUCUUCUUUGGUUCAGAGAAUUAAAUCAUUGAACCAGUAGCCUGAAUUGUCUGGCAUUAUUCCUAUUUUCAGAAAGGGCAACAUCAACAUUUAAAUUCCAAUAUAACGGAAUAGUUGCAUACAGAACAAAAUCUGGCUUUGGCACUUAAUAUUUUUUGUCUUGAAUAUUCAGUCACUUGGAUGCUAGCAGGAUUCCACUCAGUGAAGCUCAAUGUGUGCUGUAAGAUUAAACAAAAACAUUUGACUCUAGAAUGACUUGCAGAUGCACUGACAAUUGACCAGAGUCGUAGUUUUCUUAAAGCUUUGUUUGUGUCCUUCCUCUUUCUCUGUAUCCUAGCAUGAAGUCUUAAGAAAUAGCAAGCCCAAACUUCCAAAGUGCACUGCUGCACCUCAGCAAGGCAGGAUGUCCCAGCUUCUCUUGCCCUUGCUUGUAAAGAAGCAUCUGUCUGUGCAAGCCUAGGUGUGAUACGAAUUAGCUUAUUUGAUUUUAGUGUGCGGAGAACUUCUUUCUUGGAGAAAGAAGCAAUGAAAGUAGCUUGUGCUUCUUCCCUGUCCUGUCCGAACUUCUUAUUCUUAGGGGAGAAAGAACACAUACGUGCAUGCCCCAGCUUCUUUAACAACUUGCCCUACAGCAAAGUGCUGGGAUUCUUUAGGCUCCAUUUUCUUUCAUGAGUGUUGUGAGGACCAGAAGGAGUGAAAUGAGCGUAAUGAAGAAGGUGAGGCCAAGAAGGAUGCUGAGUAAGAGUUCUGAUCAUAGAGUCCAUCUUCCUUUUAGACAGAACAUUUUUUCCUCUAGUGCUGUGUACUUACCUCCAUACAGGCUUCAUACAGUUAACACUCUAGUGUUGGGCCAGUAUUUUGUGUGUUAUCUUGACUUUUUUCACUGGUAGCUUUGCUGUUUAAUCUUUGAGUUCAGUACCAUAGGAUGCUUGAUGCAAUGGGGAGGAGCCUUUGGUAAUUGCUUCACACCUCUGUGGAAUGGGUCACUUCUCUCACUAAGCUGUGUCAAAGUGCAGACCACUUGUCUAGAUGGAAGAAGCUUGAGACUUUUACAUAAUACAGUUUGAGUGAAUCACACUUUCAUUGUAAGAUCUGACUGGAAUAAAAGACAAAAAUGUUAAGCCAGAGCCCUCUGGGAAUCUGGUGCCUUUAACAAGGACUGUCAUUUUGUAAAAUGUUACAUCUAUAGCAUAGCCCGUAUGUUUUCUAUUGUUUUUUUUGUACAGUUGUAAAUUCAAAAUAUUCUGUCUUUGGGUACGUAUUUUCAGUGUAAUACAGUAUGUAUAAUAAAAAUUUAGAUUUUCUAAGGAAA